GUCAGAGCUCCGAGGCUGGGAGCCGGGAAUCUAUAUGGACAAGCACCGAAGCUGGAAGCCGAGAAGCUAAGUCCUGACUUGGGGAUACAGAAGCGAGGGUGUGUGUGGCCAGCAGAGAAGGAAACCAAGGCUGAGACAGAGUCAAAGUCACGGACAGCCACACAGGGGCAGGCCCCUGGAGCGAAGACCCUCUGUACAGGGUGGGGAGCACGACGUCGGGAAGGCCAGAACAAGCAGCCACGAAGUCCUCACGAAUUGUGACUUAGCCCGCUGUUCCUUCUCACCCUCUCCAUCUUCCUGGGGCUGGGCCAGCCCAGGAACCCCAAAGGCAAGAGGAAGGGGCCAGGGCGGCCUGGCACCCUGGCUCCAGGGCCUCACCAGGUGCCGCUGGACCUGGUGUCCCAGGCGAAGCCGUAUGCCCACAUGGAGGAGUACGAGAGGAACCUCGGGGAGAUGGUGGCCCAGCUGAGGAACAGCUCCGAGCUGGCCAAGAGGAAGUGCGAGGUCAACCUGCAGCUGUGGCUGUCCAACAAGAGGAGCCUGUCGCCCUGGGGCUACAGCAUCAACCACGACCCGAGCCGCAUCCCUGCGGACCUGCCGGAGGCGCGGUGCCUGUGUCUGGGCUGCGUGAACCCCUUCACCAUGCAGGAGGACCGCAGCAUGGUGAGCGUGCCCGUGUUCAGCCAGGUGCCAGUGCGCCGUCGCCUCUGCCCGCUGCCACCACGCCCCGGGCCCUGCCGCCAGCGCGCCGUCAUGGAGACCAUUGCGGUGGGCUGCACCUGCAUCUUCUGAACCGGCGGCUGAGGGUAGCCAGAGACCACCCUCCCUGAGCUGCGGCGCCAAGCGAGGCCCAUGAAGAGUAAACGCUGUCUUUUGUUAAGCAA